AGGGCAGCAGGCCCCGCCCCCGGCUCUACAAUUCCGGUCCAGCGUCUGAGGCGCUCCAAGCCAGCAGCGUGAAAGUUUUGUGUCUGCGCAGGAGGCCUGCCCGGUGCCGCGUGGGAAAGGCGGGACUUUCCUACCUCCUGCGUCAUCCCCAGUGCGACGCAAGACGUCACUGGCUUGAACGGGAAGGUCAAUAGUAGUGCAGCGAGCGCCCGUUUUUCGCCUUGGGUUUCCGGCGCGUGCGCUUGGCGGUCUAGGUGCCGCGGAUCGUAGCCCGAUUCUAACCUCUGAUGCCCGUGUUUUAGCUCAGCCCCGGCGCCCACAUGCUGUGCCGGCUUGGCGGUAGGUGGCUGCGGCCGCUGCCUGCACUGCAGUUAGGAGUCCGGGUCCCGCCUCUUGCGCCAACCUCGACGGGCGGCAUUAAGCACUCUGCUCUGCCCGCUUGGGCCGUGGCGUCAGUCUCUGCAGUGGGCUCUGGCGGCCCUGGCAGCUGGUACGAGGCCCUGGCCACGUCGGCGCCGGUGCAAGGCGCGGAGGAGGUGCUACUCGGCGUGCACACCGCCACGGGUCUGCCCUGGUGGGCCUGCAUCGGCCUCACCACCGUGGCUCUGCGCGGCGCCGUCACUCUACCCCUGGCCGCCUACCAGCACUACAUCCUGGCCAAGGUGGAAAAUUUGCAGCCAGAAAUAAAAAACAUUGCAAGGCAUCUUAACCAAGAAAUUGCAGUUCGUGCAAAUCAGUUGAAAUGGUCCAAAAGAGCUGCAAGACUCACUUAUCUAAAGAAUAUGCGGAGGCUUGUUUCAGAGCUGUAUGUUCGGGACAACUGCCACCCUUUCAAAGCCACUGUGUUGGUCUGGAUUCAGUUCCCAAUGUGGAUCUUCAUGUCCAUUGCCCUCCGGAAUUUUAGCACAGGAGCAACACAUUCAGAAGGUUUUUCUGUUCAGGAACAGUUGGCUAAUGAUGGGAUCCUGUGGUUUCAUGACCUCACUGCACUAGAUUCCACUUGGAUUCUGCCUAUCUCUGUUGGUGUCAUCAAUUUACUAAUAGUGGAGAUUUUUGCUCUGCAAAAAACUGGAAUGUCUCGUUUUCAGACGUAUAUUACGUACUUCGUUCGUGCAGUGUCAGUGUUGAUGAUUCCAGUUGCUGCGACAGUACCUUCAUCCAUUGUCCUCUACUGGUUGUGCUCCAGCCUCAUGGGCCUUUCACAGAACUUGCUGCUGCGUUCUCCCAGGUUUCGCCGACUUUGCCGAAUACCAUUGACCAAGUCAGAUUCAGACACUCCUUAUAAGGACCUCUUUGCUGCCUUUUACGCCAAGUUCAUUUCAAGAACAUGAGAGGCUUUCCAGUAAUUUUGAAACAAUUGGAAGUAUAACUAUCACACUACAUUUAAGUUUAGAAAUUCAGAUGUGAUUUAAUUUGUCUUUAUUUAAAAUCAUGAAUUGUGUGAAGUACUGUGGGUUAAGAUAUAAUACAAAAGUAGAAUCAAAGUGUCUGGUUCUGCUUAUAAAAUUACAACUUGCUAGAGGUGCCAAAACUUUGGAAAACAGGAUUAGAUACUGAAUGAUGUUAAAUUACACUGACCAAUCUCAUACAUUAAAGUUUUUUAAAGUAAGAGAAUCCAGUGAGGUGAUUCUUAAAAUUUUGGUGUUGUGGAGGAUCAUAGACCCGUUUGCACAUCUGCUAAAGCUAUGGUUUUCUUUUCAGACAAAUCCUGGAACUCACAAUAUGGGGGCCUUCAUUGACAACCCCUCUGCCCCACACCAAGGCUCUCUGGUGAUUUCCUGGUUGAGAACUCUUAUUCUCAUGGAACAUACAAUGAUGAGUUAAUGUGUGACUUUUAAAAAAUGGACUUAAGAUACAUGCAGUAGAGUAGUCCAUACAAGAAAGUACCUAAUAUGGUAGGUGAUCUUGCCUUAAGACCUGCUCUGAAAAAAUACGAAACGGGUACAUUCCUUUUUCUAUAAUUUAAGACGUCUGGAAUAGAGUACAGCACUAAGUAUUGCUAGAGCCCAGAGUGGAAAAUCUUAAGCAUUAAGUUUAUUUAGUCAAAGGAAGAAAACUGGAAUGGUGGCUACCUAUUGUGGAUGUGAUUUUAUAAACUUUUUUAUUUGGAAGAUUAAGUACUCUAAUGGGUUUAUUAUGGUAGACAUAUAGGUGAAAUUAACAGGUAGUAUAAAUGGUAGAUCCAGUUGUUUGAUUUGAAAAGAUGAUAAAACUAAUUGUGGAAUAAUUUGACAGUUACUUAGGAAGGUGAUAAAUUGUAAGUUUUCAUUAAGUUGGAAUGCAAAUACAAUCCGAGAUGCCCUGCCAUCCCAUCUCAUGUUUUACAAUAAAGUAAAAACUAAAGCAAAAUCAAUUCUUAAAUAAUGUCUAUUACAUCUUAGCCAUUUUGGUUGCCACCUGAGAAUUUAGCGGUAGCAUUUAGGAUCUGGUUUUCUUUUCUUGACUUCCCAGUCCUGGGUUGUGACUGCCCUAUUGAUGGAACUGUCUUUCUAAUCAUAGUGAAGGAAUUGAAACAUAUGUACAGUCAGUCCUCAUUAUUCACAGAUUUUGUAUUUGCCAAUUUGCCUACUCGCUAAAAUUUAUUUGUGACUCAAAUCAGUACAAUGCUUUUGAUGCCACAGAGUGGCAAAAAAAUUGAGUCAUUCGAGGUACAUGUUUCCAGCUAGGUCAGAUAAGGCAACACUGUGCCUUCUUGUUUCAGCUUUCAUACUAUAUAACCAAGUGUCCUUUACUUGGUCUAUUUAGUGCUAUGUUUUUUCUCAUUUUUGUGCUUUUUGUUGGUGAUUUCGCUAUUUAAAAUGGCCUCCAAGUGUUGUCAUACUGAAGUGCUGUCUAGGGGCGCCUGGGUGGCUCAGUCGGUUAAGCGUCUGACUUUUGCUCAGGUCAUGAUCUCGCAGUUCAUGAGGUCGAGCCCCAUGUCAGGCUCUCUGCAGUUAGCAGGAGCCUGUUUCAGAUCCUCUUGUCUCCCUCUCUCUCUGCCCCUCCCCAUCUUGUACGCUCGCGCUCUCUCCCUCUCUCCCUCUCUCUUUCCCUCUCCCUCCCUCCCUCCCUCACCUCUCUCAAAAAUAAAUAGAUAUUUAAAAACAAGUCAGUCAAUCAAUGAAGUGCUAGCUGGUUUUCCCAAGCACAAGAAUGCUGUGAUGUUCCUUAAGGGGAAAAUACCUACAUUAAAUAAACUUCGUUCAGGCAUGAAUUAUGGUGCUUUGGCCAUGAGUUUACUGUUAAUGAAUCAGCAAUAUAUUUUAUUGAGUUGACAAAAACGUGACAAGAGGCUUGCGGGAACAUGACCCUUUUUUUUCUCUUGGAGCAAUGGUUUAUGUUCACUAAGUCAGUUUUUGUGGUAACUUUGUAGAAUAUAACAAGAAUUGACUUUCUGUAAUGUGCAAUCAAGGAAGCAGAGGCAGAAAUGGGUAUGGUAGUUGUAUUAUAGCAAAAAGAGGAAAGGGAGUUUGAAAUAUUGGAACAAGUUGACUCUUGGCAUGUGUAUCAUUGUGUACUGAUACAUACAUUUUUCUCAUAAUGGGGUGAAGGAAUUCAGCCCUCUUUCCCCAUCUUACUCUAAGAAGUUGUCACUUUCUGAAAGUAAGAAAUAAAGGAAUGCUGUAACUCCCUUUUCCAGUAGGUGAAUCUGCUUUCAUGAGCAUGCUUUUCCUUGUUUACUCUGAUUCCUCUUGAUUUCUAAAUAUAUACUUAACAUCUUUUUUCAUAUAGAUAUAAUUUCCUAUUGCUCUCCCAUUUUCCGACUUCUUGAAUUGCUGUUACAAUGUAUGUAAGUUUAUUUAAGAAUAUUUCUCCCAGAUCUCAAAAUAAUUUCUGAUAGGGUUGGAGGUAGCUGGGAUCUUGGAAAAUACUCAUGAAUAAAGAAAACUGAUACAUUAUGAACAGAGUUGAAUUAGUCACCUGACUUCAGGCUGGUAAAUAUUCCUCUCAUUUCUUUCUCUAGGCAGAGUUGUUAGUAAAUAGCAAGUCCUAGUUCAGAAAAUUUCAUCUGUGGUCUUUGCUCUUACUUCCCCAGCAGUUUGUCAUAGUCUGGAGUGUUUCCAGAGCCUGAGGUCAGGGGAGGUGGGUACUGGAUGCACACAGAGGACACACAUGCUGUUAAGAUCCCUUGACAACUUCCUGUUGGAUGCUUCUCUGUCCUCUGCCGCUGAGGGACUGGCAGAGCUCUGUCCUGGACACUGCAGAGUUCAGGAAAUCUUUCUGUCUUUUCAGAUGGAGAGCAUAAUCUAUUUGUGUGUGUUACCCUUCCUCAUUUCUGGAAGUCAGUCUUUUUGUUUGUUUGUUUGUUUGUUUGUUUGUUUCAGGUGGGCCUUGUUUUUGUCUCUCGCCCAGAUUCACUUUUUUUUCUGGGUAUGACUCAGCCCAAGAGUUAGGAAAGAGUUAGGAAAGAAACAGUCCUGGAUCUGUUUAUAUUAUACCAUGAUGAUACUGGAGCUCAGGAGUAUGUUAGGAGAUGGAACUGUCAUACCCAAAUAACUAAAUUAGUUUUCCCUGGAACCUCUGUAAGAGAAAACCCGAACAGUCCUGUCUUGGCCAGAUGACAUAGGUGGGAAGAGGAGGCUCACUUAAGUUAAAGGCAAAAUCCUUGAUUGCCACCUUCACAGAUAACCCAGGAGAGGAUGGAGAGCAAACCUUUCUAGGUACAUUUAAACGUGCUCAAGAGCUAAAGACCAAACCCUACCCCCUCUCAGAAGAGGUACAGCUAGUUCUAGACUAUAUUGGGGAAAUUGUAGUUUCUAAGGAAAAGUGGGAAAAUGAGGGCCCACAUAAACCUUAGUAAUUUCUCUGUUGUGCAUGUAUGCUUCAUUCAUUCCGUGUGUCUUCAUAGGUUUCUCCUCUGAGGAUCCCAAGAAUCCCCCCACCUUUUUUUUUUUUUUUUUUUUUUUUUUUUGAGACUCAACCUGUUAAAUUGCUUCAAUACCAGAGUAAGCCCUGAAAGCAGUAGGAACUCAGAUCCUAGAAAAAAAACUAAAGCAUGUAGUUUGUUUUUCUCCUGGGAUGAUAAGUGAAGUUAUGACAGAAUGCAGAAUUUUAAAUUUCAAGUGUGACCUGUGAAUCUGCGCAAGAAUUUGGGUUUCUGUAUUAAAGCUAAAUAUGCAAAUGUGAUGUAAAACAUGAGACUGUAGUUAUAACAGAUCAUUACCAACACUUGUCUGUUUUUGUGAGCUGAUUCUACCAGAACAAAGAUUAUCUGCAAAUGCUGCGAAUCUAUAGAAAAUGUUCUGAAUGAACCUUAUGGAUAUAUAUAUAGUUUAAAGUUGUAAUAACUGAUAUUUUCUAAUUAUUUUUAUUAUCUUUUCUUUUUAUAUAUUCUGUAUUUUAUGAAAUCAGUAUUUAGCUUUGGGACAUUUGAAUUUGUGUAGUAUGAAAACCAUAGAUAUUUCUGAAAUUUUGGACCUGUGUUUAAACAAGUAAAAUAAGUAUACUCAUAUAUAUUUUUAAUAUAUUCAUAUAUAUAAUAUGUAUGAAUUUUCGUUCAUGAACAUUUCAGGCAAAACCUAAAGACUUUGGGGGUACCUGGGUGGCUCAGUCGGUUGAACGUCUGACUUCGGCUCAGGUCGUGAUCUCACGGUUUGUGAAUUUGAGCCCCGUGUGGGGCUCUGUGCUUACAGCUCAGACUGGAGCCUGCUUUGGAUUCUGUGUCUCCCUCUCUUUCUCCCCUUCCCUGCUCACACUCUGUCUCUCUCUCUCUCUCUCCCUUUCAAAAAUAAAUAAACAUUAAAAAAAAAUUUAAAGAGAAAACCAAAGACUUUGAAUUUACAUGUAUUCUUUGCUAAUUAUAUGAAAUACAAAGGUACAAAGGUACUCUCUCAAAAUCUUUUGAAAAAAUGAAACACUGGUACUGUGGUCAAGCUAGUGCUAAUUGGGGGCAUUCUUUGUUUUUCAUCAGGUUUUGUUUUUUCAUAAUGUUGAUCAGAUUUUUUGUUUAUAUAAUUAUUUUAUUACUUAAGGUGUUUCUGUACCCAUAUACAUAUACUUUUAAAUUUUAAUUUGAAUAUAAUUAACAUACAGUGUUCAAUUGGUUUCAGGCAUAUAGUAUAGUGAUACAGCAGUUUUGUACAUUUUUUAGUACUCCACAUGACAGAUGUAUUCUGAAUUGAAUUGGGGGAAACCUUUAAACCUGUAAACCUUGGUAUGAUAAUACAUUACAUUAAGUUGGUAUAAGUAUCUUAUAUAUUUCAAGAUUUAUGGUAUCGUAGCUUGCAAAAAGCAAAAUAAGUUUAAAAAGCUUGAAAAAUCAGGGUAGUACUUAGCAAAUGUUUAAAAUAAUGACAGUAUAUAAAAGUACAUUAGUUUUAAUAUUACUAAAAUUAAAUGAUGGGUGAAGAAUUAGCUUAUUCAGCCAGAGAGUGUGCAUAGGAAUUAUGUAUUUGUAAUUAUGUAUUCAGUCCUUAGAGAAUGUAAGUAGAUCAUAUAAUUGUGAAAUUAGAUUGUUGUGCAGAAUUCUGGAGACCGGGGUUUUGAAUAUUUUACAUCAUCUCAAAGUACAGUAGACUUUUCUCUGUUCUGGCAGGUGACAGCCACAAAAGAAAGCCACCUCGUAAGAGCUUUGAACUAUCAGCGGCUGCAAUGCCAACAAAGCAAACUGAAAUAAAUGAACCAAACGUCAUCAGAUAAGGACAGACAUUGUCACGGAGAGGCAAUGGUGACUCUUGAACAAAAACAAAAGGAAUGAUGAAAAAAUCUUUAUUCAGUAAUUGUAUUGCUCUAAUGUUGCAUUGUUAUUUUGGAACUCUUAUUGUUAGGUAAAAUAUAUAACGUCUAUUAGGUAUCUUAAGUUUUCUUUGGAUGCUGUAACACAUUCCUUUAUGGCACUUAGGCGACUAAGAGGGAGAUGUUAUUGACCAUAUUUGUUGGAGAUUUAUUUUAAAAAUUUGUUAAGUGAAGUAUAGUUGAUGUACAGUAUCAUAUUAGUUUCAUGAUAUUGCAGCACAGUGGAGAUACAUAAGAUAAAUUCUUUUCAAGUUUUUCUUUUAAGAUAGCUUCAGGAAUCACCCCUGAGAAAGAAAGUGGUCCCACAAAGAGGGUCCUGCCUCCCUGCGGUUCACCACCACCAUACUCAGAAAGCCUAGCCUUCAUACCUGUUUGACUUAAGACCUUCCACAAUCUCAAUUAGGAACUAUACAUAAAAGCAUUUUGGUCCUGGUUGAUUUCCAUCCAUAGGAACGUAAGACCUGGCCAAUACCACAAGGGGAAAAAAGUUACCAGCUUGGCAAUGGCAGCAAAAUUCCCAUGAAUCAGCUAAACCAAGAAAGUGCUUUCAUACAGAGGCUUUGCCUAGUUCUUAGAGCCAUAACCUUAUGCUCUUCUGUAACUUGAACGUGAGGGAGAUCCUGAUACAAUUGCCCCAAGGGAAUUGCAGAGAGAACCCUGGCCCCUUGCGUUCGAUCACAGACUGCCUUCUUGAACGCCCUGUGUUUUGCUGCAUUUCUGCAUGUUCCAACCGUAGUACAAAUAAUUUGAGGGAUUUCUUCUAAUUACAACCUCAAGCCUCCUGGAUCUUCUGUGAGUGAUGGCUGCUUCUGAGGAUAGAAGCAUGGAUAAAAAGAAGAACUUAAUUUGUUCCACAUGGAAGAUAACAAAAUAUAUUUGAGUGAUUGGAUGGAUGGAUCUUUGUGGAUAAUCAUUAAUCAAAUUUACAUAACCAUUUUCAUGAAUAAGGGAAAAUUUGCUAUUCUAAGCUAAGUUGACAAAAAGAGGGGGCUACAGAGGGUUUCACUGAGAAGAUAAGUUGUAAUGCAAGGAUGUAUUAACUUGGAAGUGGAAAAGUGGAAGGAGAAAAGCGAUGGCAAGGCGAUGGUUGGAAAUGGGAGUGCGCCAUGAUCUGUUGAGGAAAUGGCAAAGAAAAAAGGUAAGUGCAGGUUCGACCAAGAAGGGCACUUAUGGCAUGCCAGCAUGAACCUGGGAGCCAGCCAAGGUUUUAAACCGAGAAAUCAUUGAUUGGGUUUGGGCUCUUUAAAAAGCUAUCUCUGACAAGAGCUUGUAGAAUCGAUUGGGUGGUGGGUGGUGUGAGAAGAUUAGAGAGAGGGGGACCAGUGUUAUCUAAUUCUGUAACCCUUUUUUCUUUUCAUACAAACUCAAAAGUUGCUAAAAAUAAAGGAAGGUUUUAGAAAAGCUGAUUUUAUCUCUGAUAGGUGAGGUGACAAUAAAUAGAGAUAAAAUGAAGUUGCAUGCAAUGAGAAGGGGAAGUGCAGGUGCAGGAAUUGUGUGAGGAAAGACUAAAAAUCUCUUUAAAACAAGACAUUCAGAAACAGUGAUUUGUCCAAGGUUGUAGGGAUGUUGGAAGCCAUCACAAAAUGAUCCUUUAGCCAAUUAGAGAAGAGUGAGAGAGCAGUGAG